AAAGCAUAUAGUUUCCAUUUCUCCGUACUUCUUCUCCAUCGCCGUCUCUGCAAACAUAACCCUAAACUCUCUCACUCCGCCUCCUGCGAGAUCCAUCUAACACUUGCUCAAAAAUGAAGGUUGUCGCCGCGUAUUUGCUCGCCGUUUUGAGUGGGAAAGCUUCCCCAAGCAGUGCCGAUAUCAAGGGUAUUCUCGGAUCAGUUGGUGCUGAGACAGAGGAUUCUCAGAUUGAGCUUUUGUUGAAGGAAGUGAAAGGGAAAGACUUGGCUGAGCUAAUUGCUGCUGGAAGGGAGAAGUUGGCUUCAGUACCUUCAGGUGGUGGUGGUGUUGCGAUGGCUUCUGCUCCAUCUGCUGGUGGUGGUGGAGGUGGUGCUCCUGCAGCUGAGUCCAAGAAAGAAGAGAAGAAGGAAGAGAAGGAAGAAUCAGAUGACGACAUGGGUUUCAGUCUGUUCGAGUAAGCUUGGUAGGCAAACGAACUCUGGUUUUUGUUGUACCCUUUUGAAAUCUAUAUGUUGUUGUUUAGUUUGUAUUCCAUUAUCUUUUUAAACUUUGCUGAGAUUCUCAAGAGAUUUUUGACUCGAAACAUCAGUCCACUUGUGAUUUGCGUUUUAUAUUUCUAUCUAUUGCUUUAGUUACAUCA